GUUGUAGGGAGAGUAGCGCCACGGCUUGGUUUGUUAUUGCAUAAUUUUUCAGUUAUAAUAUUUAAUUUUUAUUGCCGAUUAAGAAAUUGAUUUCCUUUUAUUAUGGCUUACUUUGCAAUGAGAUGAUUUUUUGAAAUGCCGGCGUGUGCCCAUCACAGAAAUUCAUAACACUCAUCAUGUCAUCGCCUUCACAUACAACAGAAUAUUCUUAUCUAGGGCCACUGUCAACAUCUACUCUUUAUGGGCACAAUGAAGACUGGCAGUGGUCCCCUGAGGACCAGUACAAUCACUAUACCUAUCUCACUUCAAGUAGCACAAGCCAAGAACCACUUGAUUAUAGCAUUGGCUCAUCAAUGUUUUUUGCUGGUGAAGAAAAUGUUGAUAGUUCUUCCUACAAAGGAAAGUCUAUGAGUUCAGAUGGAAGUUAUCCUAUGGAAGCAAAUGAUAGGCAUGAUGAAAGGUCCCCAGAUGAGCAAGUUUUUGAAACGCUUGGACAAACUGUAAAGCAGGAUCCGUACCAAUAUGAAGAAUAUGAUGAAAUUCCACCUCAACCUAAAAAGCGGGGAAGGAAAAAGAAAGAGCCUAAUGGUGUGAGCUAUGAAUAUAUUCAUACACCAGAUGGUGUUAAAUGUGUUAAACAAGAAAGAAUUACAGAGACUUUUAAGCAAAGGAAAAGAAUGGAUAGAUUUGAUGGAAUGCCAGAAGAGGAAGUUAUGAAGAAGUCCUUACCUGAUCAUUUAAGUCAUGGAUUAGACAUAGUGAUUAUUGGAAUUAAUCCUGGGUUAAUGGCUGCAUAUAAAGGGCAUCAUUAUGCUGGACCUGGAAAUCAUUUUUGGAAAUGCCUUUUUCUGGCUGGACUCAUACCAGAACCAAUGAGUGCUGUUGAUGAUUUCAAAUUGAUAUCUCAUGGUAUUGGAUUUACAAAUAUUGUAUCUAGACCAACUAAAGGAAGUGCUGAUUUAAGCAGAAAAGAGAUUAGGGAGGGAGCUGAAAUUCUACUUUCUAAAUUACGAAAAUACCAACCCAAAAUUGCUGUGUUUAAUGGGAAAAUGAUUUACGAGGUUUUUUCGGGGAAAAAGAAUUUUGAUUUUGGAAGACAACCUGAUCCUAUUCAAGGCACUGGAAUUUCUGUUUUUGUUAUGCCUUCUUCAAGUGCAAGAUGUGCUCAACUUCCUAGAGCUGUUGACAAAGUUCCAUUUUACAUAGCUCUUAAAAAAUUGCGAGACCAUCUUUGUGGUGCAUUGCCUGAUCUAGACUUUUCGGAAGUUUCAUUUCCGGAUGUUAAACUGAAAGUGGAAGUGAAGGAAGAUACUCACGACGAGUGUUUUACAGACUUUCAUAGAAAUGAUGUUAGUGCUACAGUGCAUCGCAGUCUACAGACACCUGACUCAGAAGUGAGAAUGAUGAUACCAGUACAAAGGGGAAAGCGUGGUAGGAAAAGAAAAGCUGAUUUAGGAAGAUAUCCCCCUGUUCAGCAGGAAACUGUUUGUCCUCGACCUCGAGGACGUGGUUCUGGAAGACGUGGAAGAGGUAGAAGACCAGUAGAUCAUGGAGGAUAUAGCUCAUCUGGAUCAUCUUGGUCAGGGCAAUCUACUGUUACAUCUCCAUAUUUUCCCACUGAUUCUGCUCCACAGCAUAAUUGGCAACAUUGGCAUGAAAAUCAGAAUGGAGCUGAAUCUUCAUUUCCAGAUCAUUCUCAAACUCAUAUCAACCCAAUUCAUAAUUAUCAACUAUCACAUACAGAGCAUGCUGCCAAGCAGCCAAUAAAUAACCAAUACUAUGGGGGUUAUUCUAGACCUUACAUGGAUUACUCUCAGGCUGACUGUUCGUAUGUACCUCAAGUUGAUACAUAUGCCAAGGUAAAAGAUGAAUGUUAUGAUACCAAUUUUAGUGAAUAUUAAAGAAGUAUUAUGUUAUUAUGAAGGUCCUUUUCCUAAAACAAUGACAGUUUCUCUCAAAAAUGAAGGAGAGACAUCAAAGUGACAUUUCUUUGUUAUAUGAAUGGUAGCAGUUUUUAUGUGUUCAGUGCCAUUUUUAUUGAAUGGUAUUUUAAAAAUAUUUUUGGUUGUUGUCCCCCCCCCCCUAAUUUUGAAUUCCUAUGUAGUUGUUUUGAUUUGUUUAUUAAUAUUUUGCUGUCUCUUUUUAUGUCCUCUUUUGUCAUAAAACUCCUCUAAACUGAGGAGUCUAAUCUCCACUGCCUGUUUACAUUAAUUGGAUUAUAGUCUAGUCUGUUUUUACCAUCUUGUCGUUUACAUCCUGAAUGUUUUGAUAUCUGUAAAUGGUUCAAAUAGAUUUUUAAAUUUUCAUUACCAUCAUGUUCCUCAAAGAUGUACAAUGCAAAUCAGCACAGAAUGAAGGGCAAUUUAUCUGUGCUGUGUAACUGCAUUUUCCUAGAUAUUUUCUUGAAACAUGCUUUAGAAUUUUAUUUCAUUUUCUGCUUUAAUAUAGUUUCAACGUUCUACUGCUCUUGCUGAUUUUGUUAAGAGAGCAUAUAGUGAGUGAUCUUUUGCAUAAGCUACAAGCUGUUGAUUUUUAAAUGCUCAACAUGAGCAAUAAUAGCAAGUUUCCUAGCAUUAUUUUUAUCUACAGAGUAAGAUUUUCUCCUUGCCUUUCAAGGAGUCAUGGUACAAAACUGAAAUACUAGUUUCCCUUAGCCUUACAGAAUAAUUUUGAAUACACU